CCGCCACCACCCCAAGCCUUGUCUUGCUAUAACUCUUCACGAGCAGUGAAGGGAAGAAGAAGGGGAAAGGGGAUGGCCACCGACACUGCCUACGCGAAGCGGGUGCUGCUCGCCUGCAACGGCGGCGCCGACGCCGUCUUGCGGGGGGUCGGCGUCGGCCUCGCUAGGCACGGCUGCAGGCUGGUCCUGGUGGGCGACGAGGGCGCCCUGGCUGCGACGGUGGAGGAGGUGCGGCGCAGCGCGGCAGAAGGGGCGGCGGCCAUCGCGGUGGUCGGGAUGGACCUCGCGGCCUGCGACGAGGCUGCUACUUGCUCGUUUCCGUCCAGGCAAGUAACCUCUCCUAUCUUCUCUGGCUUCGAUCCCCGCAUCCAUCUCCGUACUACGCCGCCUGCACAUGCGCAUGAUGGUUUUUCAGCGAGGAUGCCAUGA